CUUGGCGCAGUGACGCAGGUUUCCGGCGGGCUUCUUAGAGCGCUGAACGGCUUUGGACCGAAGGACUAUGAGAGGGCCGGAUUCCGGUCCCGAACCUACGAUGGAGGGGGACGUGCUGGACACGCUAGAGACUCUGGGAUAUAAGGGUCCACUGUUAGAAGAACAAGCCCUUGUGAAGGCAGCAGAGGGUGGACUAUCUUCACCUGAAUUUUCAGAGCUCUGUGUUUGGUUAGGCUCUCAAAUAAAAUCACUGUGCAACUUGGAAGAAAGUAUCACUUCAGCUGGGAGAGAUGAUCUAGAAAGCUUCCAGCUUGAGAUAAGUGGUUUUUUGAAAGAAAUGGCAUGUCCAUAUUCUGUACUCAUAUCAGGAGAUAUUAAAGACCGCUUAAAAAAGAAGGAUGACUGUUUGCAGCUUUUAUUAUUUUUAAGUACAGAGCUUCAAGCUUUACAGAUAUUACAGAACAAGAAAUGUAAAAAUUCUCAAUUAGAUAAAAACAGUGAAAUUUAUCAGGAAGUUGAAGCUCUCUGUGAUACUCUUGGUAUAUCCAAGUCAACAACUUCUGACAUUCCACUUAUGCUAAACCAAGUGGAAUCAAAGGUGAAAGAUAUCCUCUCAAAAGUCCAGAAAAAUCAUGUGGGAAAACCAUUGCUGAAAAUUGAUUUAAACCUGGAACAGGCGGAACAGCUGGAAAGAAUCAAUGAUGCUCUUUCCUGUGAAUAUGAGUGCCGUCGGCGGAUGUUGAUGAAACGAUUAGAUGUGACAGUGCAGUCCUUUGGAUGGUCUGAUAGAGCCAAGGUAAAAACAGAUGACAUAGCAAGAAUUUACCAGCCUAAGCGUUAUGCUUUGUCACCCAAGACAACUAUUACAUUGGCACAUCUACUUGCUGCUCGUGAAGAUCUGUCCAAGAUCAUUAGGACAAGUAGUGGCUCCAGCCGAGAGAAGACAGCGUGUGCCAUUAAUAAGGUGCUGAUGGGAAGGGUGCCUGACAGGGGAGGACGGCCGAAUGAAAUUGAACCACCGCCCCCUGAAAUGCCCCCUUGGCAAAAGAGACAAGAAGGCGGUGGAAGGGGUGGUUGGGGAGGUGGAGGUGGAGGUGGUGGUAGAGGAGGUGGUGGAGGUGGAAGAGGUGGCUGGGGGGGUGGAGGUGGUUGGGGAGGUGGUGGGGGGGGAGGAUGGGGAGCAAGUGGGGGUGGUAGAGGAGGUUUCUCAGGUAGGGGAGAUUACGGUGGGAGAGGGGGCCAUGGGGGAAGAGGAGGCUAUGGGGGUAGAGGUUACGGAGAUCCGUAUGGAGGAGGUGGUGGUGGAUAUAGAAGAUACUAACUAACAAAAUUAGAUCGCAGUACUUACUUCUUGAUAGAUACAUUAGGCAUAACAUUCUAAAUAACAUACUUGAAUGGCAUCUUUGAAGUAAACACCGUGUUAGAGUCUCAGAUAUCAUUCUUGAAUCGGGUUACUAUGUAAGAGCAUUGUUUUUAUACUACCAUUGGAUCUCUUAAACCAAGUGGUGAUUUUUCCAUAUUCUGUGUACCCUUGAACAUGUCUUUUUAAGAAACAAAAAAAUGAGCAAAAAUUAUUUUUAAAAUUGUAAAUAUUUAUUACCAUCAAACUUGGAAAGUAUUUUAUGUCACAAUUGAAUUUAGAUUGUUACCUGUAUUUUAUUCAGCUUUGAGACACAUAAAUUGCUCCUCAUGUAAUAGAAAGGAAUAUAGACAGUUGCCUCAUCUGUAUUCCUGUGUUUUGUGUUUGUUAAUUCUACUUUACAAAAUAGGGAAAGUUGUGCUCAAUAGUUACUUGUCAUGACUUGUUUUUUUGUAACAGAGGCGUUCUCUGGCCAGGUUUCCACUAAAGUUCUAUUAAUUGAAGCCCAAGUCUACUUUUUGUUAUAUAUAUAUUUUAUUUUCCAACUGGAUUUGAAAUAUGUGAUUUUGUUUGAGAAAACAAACUUAAAGGUUAAGGUCAGAAUUACUCUAAAGGGGCAAAGACGUAUACUAAUUUUGCAUGUUGUUGUGAAAAAUAUUCCUAUAAACUGGUUUCUUUGUCAUUUGUGCUGUCACCUUAGGUAUCUGAGCUGUGUCACCUUAGGCAAGUUGAGCUGUGUCAUGCAGGAUUAGGGCCUCAAUUUCCAGUUUCAGUAGGUCAGAAGUAGGGCCAAGGUGUGUAGUUCCAACUCACAGCUUGAUCCGAGAAACACAGGGCUAGGGAACAGUUGCCUGUGGUUUGGGGGCUGGAGCAGUCACCAGCUUGGGGGUCAGGAGCUGUCAAUUACAAUUAUGGCAGUAGCCCAGGGGUGCUGUGGGCUGAAAUGACCAUAGCUCUCAAGGAUUGACUUGUCUCUCUUUUGUCAAAUGAUGAAUAUGACACUUGUACCUUUCUCAGGUUGUUUCAGAAAGACCUAAGUACCAGUUCAAUUUACUGAGAGUUUAUAGAAGGCCUAUUGUGAAUGGUUUAAUUGGUGGGCCAAUUUAAUUUUUCUGAUAGUGUAGAGAGAAAAAGUCCACACAAAAUUUUCCAUUCCCACUUUAAAAAUCUGUAUCCUAACAUCAGCUCCUGAUUAAUACCUGUACAUAACAACUUCUGUGUUCUGCCCAACUCAACAGAUAGAAAACUGAGUACCAGUGGGCAAAUAGUAUUUGAUAUUUGGCAGUUUUAGUGUCAUUUUGUUUUGUUUUAUAGUAAACUGUAUGGUGAAAUCUAAUAUUAAAACUUUAAAAGUAAA